GUGAGGAAGUCCUCCUCUUCUCUCCUCAUGUAUCUGUCAAGCUUGCAGAGAGAUUUGAGGUUUUAAAGCCGAACAUCAGCAGCUAACUGUUUAGCUUUAAUAAAGAUGAGCGACCAAGACCCCACUCACAGGCUAACAGGGGACCAAAUGAAGGAGCCGAAGGAAUAUGGCACAAGUGUUUCCCAGUUCUCUGCCAGCGUACGUGCCAUGGUGCGAAUUCGCCAGAAGUACCUGGCCAUCAAGAAACGGCGAGCUAUGGAGAGCGCUCUGAGCUCCAUGCCUCCACACACAGAGCCUGCUUCUCCACGCAAACGCAAGAAAAGGAGGAAGACACGAAUCUUGUAUCCGAGCAACACUUUGAGAGUUGUUCCCACCAAAGAGCGGAGCCGAGCCAAGAACUGCCUGUUCCUCUUGUGCAUCAUUGUCUUUCUGCAGGUUUACAACGCCAUCGAGAACCUAGAUGACCACAUGCUCAAGUACGACCUAGACGGACUUGAAAAUACCCUGAAAAGGGAAGUGUUUGGACAACAGGAAGUGACCGAGGGCAUUCUUGGGCAUUUACAAGAUUAUUUGUCGACUUAUGUUCACAAUAAACCUUUGGUGUUGUCACUUCAUGGAGCGACUGGAGUAGGGAAGAGCCACGUCGGUCGAUUGUUGGCACAACAUUUUCGUUCAGUGGUAGGCGACCAAUUGGUAAUGCAAUACUUUGUGCUGCACCACUGCCCUACGGAUGACGAUAUCCCACGCUGCACCACUGCUCUGGACACCCACAUCUCUGAAAUGGUCACUCAGGCUGAGGAAGUAGAGAAGAUACCGCUCUUUAUCUUCGAUGAUGUGGAACACAUGCCCAGAGAGUUGCUUGACUCUUUGCAAGAUCUGAUACAUCCCCAAAACAACAACGAAUACUUAAAUGCAAUUUACAUUCUCAUUGGUAACUUGGGACAUGAAGAAAUCACCAAGUUUGUCCUUAAUAACUCUAGUGUCGCCGUCUCGGGCCGAUUGAGCUUGGGUCAAGAACUGACCCCUUGGUUGCGCAGCUACCUUCAGAGGUACCACUCAUUAUUCCUGGAUGCCGAGAUCCUACCCUUCACGCUUUUAGAGAAAAGCCACGUAAUGGAAUGUUUUAUUGACGAGAUGUCUCAAGAAGGAUUCUACCCAGAUCGCCAGCAUGUAGAAAGACUAGCGGAAGAACUUUCAUACUAUAAUGUUGGCAAGUGGGAAUUAUCGCACACAGGAUGCAGGCAGGUUGUAGCAAAGGUUAACCUUCUCUAAAAUUAAUUCUGCCGUGCAGAUGGACGACAUGCAAGCAACCAUUUCGUAGGGUUGGGAACCAAGAACCGUUCCAUUUGUUUAAAAAUAAGAGAACGGUAUGAUUUCCAUGACUUUCGGUUCAGAUAACGGUUCCCGAACAUGCAAUUUUCCACCAAUGCGAAUGGAGAGCUGCCACCUACUGAAUAUCCAGCGAGAAACAUACAGCGUGAUGAGUGGUCCGAUUCCUGAACAAUUGACUCUCUCAAGCUGGCUCUUUUUAGUGAUUAAAAAGACGUAACUAUCAGUCAGAGCGGGUACUGAACUAAUAUUACUGACGUGCAAGUAAUGAUUUUUGUCAUCUCCAACUUGAAAUGAAAUCUGUUAAUGUAUUAUAUAUUUUUAUUUGUUUAAAAUGAUUCAAUAUAUACAGUUGAAGUCAGAAGUUUACAUACACUUCAGCCAAAUACAUUUAAACUCAGUUAUUCACAAUUCCUGACAUUUAAUCGUAGAAAACUUUCCUUGUAUUAGGUCGGUUAGGAUCACUACUUUAUUUUAAGAAUGUGAAAUGUCAGAAUAAUAGUAGAGAGAAUGAUUUAUUUCAGCUUUUAUUUCUUUCAUCACAUUCCCAGUGGGUCAGAAGUUUACAUGCACAUUGUUAGUAUUUGGCAGCAUUGUCUUUAAAUAGUUUAACUUGGGUCAAACAUUUUGGGUAUCCUUCCACAAGCUUCUCUCAAUAAGUUGCUGGAAUUUUGUCCCAUUCCUCCAGACAGAACUGGUUUAACGGAGUCAAGUUUGUAGGCCUCAUUGCUCGCACUACGCUUGGAUUGAGGUCAGGGCUUUGU